AUGUCGUCGGACUCCUGGGCCCAGGCAGUGGACGAGCAAGAGGCCGCGGCGGAAUCGAUUGGCAACCUUCAGAUAAAAGAGACGCGCGCAGAAAAUGGUACAUCUGUCCCGUCAGCAGAAUCUGAAAAAAAACAAGAAGUGCCAGAAAACUCGACAGGAGAUAAGGCUAAAGAGGAGGAGGAAAACGUCGACAAGGCAGCACAGUCCUUGUUAAACAAACUCAUAAGAAGCAAUCUUGUGAACACCACCAAUCAAGUAGAAGUACUGCAGAAGGAUCCCAACUCGCCGCUGUACUCUGUCAAAUCAUUCGAGGAGUUGCAUCUCAAACCGCAGCUCCUCCAGGGUGUCUAUGGCAUGGGUUUUAACCGGCCUUCCAAAAUCCAGGAAACCGCCUUACCUAUGAUGCUCGCUGAACCUCCACAGAAUCUGAUAGCCCAGUCUCAAUCAGGAACAGGAAAAACGGCUGCCUUUGUCCUCGCCAUGCUCAGCCAUGUCAAUCCUGACUACAAGCAUCCCCAGUGCCUGUGUUUGUCACCCACCUAUGAACUGGCGCUUCAAACUGGCAAAGUCAUUGAACAGAUGGGCAAAAACUAUCCCGAAGUGAAGUUGGUUUACGCCAUCCGGGGAAAUAGACUGCAGAGAGGCGUAAAACUUCAAGAGCAAAUAGUCAUCGGCACGCCCGGCACCAUGUUGGACUGGUGCGGGAAGUUAAGAUUCAUCGAUCCCGAGAAGAUCCGGGUCUUCGUGCUGGACGAGGCUGAUGUCAUGAUCGCAACACAGGGUCACAAAGACCAGAGUAUUCGCAUCCAAAGGAUGCUGCCCAAAAAUUGUCAGAUGUUGCUCUUCUCGGCCACUUUUGAGGAGACUGUUUGGGAUUUUGCCAGGCGCAUCGUACCCGACCCAAACAUCAUCAAAUUAAAACGAGAGGAAGAGACCCUGGAUACCAUCAAACAAUACUACGUACUGUGUAACAGCAAGGAGGAAAAGUUCGAAGCCUUGUGUAACAUCUAUGGAGCCAUCACGAUUGCCCAGGCUAUGAUUUUCUGCCAUACAAGAAAGACUGCAGGCUGGCUGGCAGGGGAGCUUUCCAAAGAGAACCACCAGGUGGCGCUGCUCAGUGGGGAAAUGCAAGUGGAGCAGAGGGCUGCUGUUAUUGAACGCUUUAGAGAUGGGAAGGAGAAGGUCCUUGUAACCACAAAUGUUUGUGCCAGAGGCAUUGAUGUGGAGCAGGUAUCGGUGGUGAUCAAUUUUGACCUGCCAGUAGACCAAGAUGGUAACCCGGACAACGAGACGUACCUGCACAGGAUCGGUCGCACGGGUCGAUUCGGUAAAAGGGGACUGGCCAUCAACAUGGUGGACAGCAGGAUGAGCAUGAACAUCCUCAACAGGAUCCAGGAACAUUUUAACAAGAAAAUAGAGAAACUAGACACUCACGACCUGGAUGAAAUAGAGAAAAUCGCCAGCUAA